UGGGCUAAUACCUGAGAAGGCGUUUGAGACGCGAAAUAAGAUCAUGCGCAAGGCCCUAGUGGACCCUGAGAUUGACAACACAGACGAACUGGUGAUAAGGGUCAAUCAACUAAUUGAUCAAGGACUAAUAAUCAAUUAA